AUGCACGGCGACCUGGCCGGCGGCAACGUGCUGCUGGCCACCUCUGGCGCAGACAGCCGCGGCUUCACCGCCAAGGUUGCCGACUUUGGGCUGGCCCGCAUCCUCUCCGCCACAUGCGAGACUGCCACAUUUGGGACCGUCAGGCAAGCCAAGCGCGCGGUGCGCCUCCACAUGCCUCCAGAGCUGAUGGACCGCAGCCUGCUGAGCAAGGCCACCGACUGCUACUCCCUGGGAGUGCUGAUGUGGGAGAUGUACUGCGGCCAGCACGCCUGGGCGGGCCGCAAGGUGCCCCAGAUCAUCCACGCCAAGACAGUGCGCGGCGAGCGGCUGGCGCUGCCGCAGGGGUGCCCGCCCGACUUCAGGGAGCUGGUGGAUGCCUGCAUGGCCGACGACUACGACCAGCGCCCCAGCUGCCAGCAGGCAGCUGCCGCCAUCACCCCCAUGUUGGCGGCUGCGUGA